AUUUCGUUUAUCAAAUCUGUCAAAAUUUUUACAGAAAACAAAAAGUCAAGCUAGCCAUUUUAACACAAAAAAAUUGUUUCUCUUCAUAAGUAUAAAAAAAAUUAAUAAAUAAAAGUUUAAUACUACUUAUUAAUAAACUAACAAAUAUAUAAAUGGAUCUUUACGAUGACUUGGAUACAAAACAACGUGCUGGCCAAAUCGAUGGCUGGUCAUCGGGCAUUAAAAUGCUACAAACUCAAUUGGCCAUUAAAAAAGCAACCAAUCCCCAACCCAAAAAAGAACAGAAGAAACCACUUUUAACUCCCAUGAUUAGCCUUCGACCCAAGAAACCACCAGAAGAUGAUAUAUUCACUCCAAUGAAAAGCGAACCACGUCCGAUAAAAACAAUGAUUGCCCAGCCCUUGGCUCCGGUAAUUGAAAACAAUAAAUCCAAUGAUUACGAAUGGGAUGUUGUUGAUGAGUACGAUCCAUUUUGGCCAAACGAAUAUGAAAAGUUAAUCAAAGAGAAGCGCGAUAGGGACAAAGAAAGACGCGACGAACGAAGAAAACGACGAAACAAUAAUGCAGGUGGAGAUAACAAUCGAAAAGAAACAUCUCCAAAGUAUUCUGGAUUUUCAAAUCGUCAUAAUGAAGAAGAUUCUUAUGUCAGGUCACCGCCGGUAUCCGGAGGCGGAGGAGGCAAAGGAGCUGCAAUUGCACCACCUCCUUCUCUUCAGGAAAUCUCUUUAACCAAUGGAGAUGGCACCACUGCUGUCACUAUUCCCUACACAACAAAUUCAGUUGCAGCCAAAAUUAUGGCCAAAUAUGGUUUUAAAGAUGGCCAGGGUCUGGGUAAAUCCGAACAGGGCAUGUCAAUGGCAUUACAAGUUGAGAAGACCUCGAAACGAGGUGGCAGAAUUAUCCACGAAAAAGAAUUACUCAUGCCACCUCCCCCAACAGUACCAAAUUCACCUCCAUCUGGUGGUGGAGAGUCUGCACAAAAAAUUGAGCCUAGCAUUACUGAGAUAAUGAAAGAACCUAGCAAAGUGGUUUUGCUUAGAAAUAUGGUUGGUCCCGGAGAUGUGGAUAGUGAAUUGGAGCCUGAAGUGAAGGACGAAUGCAACACAAAGUACGGUGACGUAGUAAGUGUUGUUAUUCAUGAAUCGUUUGGUACGAUUCCAGAAGAUGCCGUCAGGAUAUUUGUAGAGUUUAAAAGAAUCGAAAGCGCCAUUAAAGCUGUUGUCGAUUUGAAUGGACGUUUCUUUGGAGGCAGACAAGUUCGAGCUGGGUUUUAUAAUUAUGAUAAAUUUAAAAGCUUUGAAUUACAAUAAAUAUAAAUUAACAUGCAUUUUAUUCUUAAGAAAUAAAUCUUAUGACUUGAAAGAA